AUGAACUAUCAAAAAGUUUAUGGUAUAACAGGACCUGUCUCAACAGCAAGCCCAACAGCUGCAGAAAAUAAACUAAAUGAUGAACUUAUACAAGAAUUGAAAAAAGAAGGUUCUUUUGAAUCUGAACAAGAAACUGCUAAGAGGGUUAAAGUUUUAGAAAUUUUUCAACAACUAGCUCAAGAAUUUGUAUACCGAGUCUCGAAAUCAAAAAAUAUGUCAGAUGGUAUGGCAAAAGAUUCUGGUGGUAAAGUUUUCACUUUUGGUUCAUAUCGAUUGGGUGUCCAUGGUCCUGGUAGUGAUAUUGAUACUUUAGUGGUUGUACCAAAACAUGUCACAAGAGAAGACUUUUUUACUGUAUUCGAUGAAUUAUUAAGGAAAAGGAAAGAAUUAGAAGAAAUAGCACCUGUACCUGAUGCAUAUGUACCGAUUAUUAAAACAAAGUUUGAUGGGAUUUCUAUAGAUUUAAUUUGUGCACGUUUGGACGUAGCGCAAGUCCCCCAAACUUUAACUUUAAGUGAUAAAAAUUUAUUGAGAAAUUUAGAUGAAAAAGAUUUAAGAGCUUUGAAUGGUACUAGAGUUACAGAUGAAAUAUUAGAGUUAGUACCAAAGCCAAUUGUAUUUAGAAUUGCACUAAGAGCAAUAAAACUUUGGGCUCAAAGACGUGCCGUGUAUGGUAACGUUUUUGGUUUCCCUGGUGGUGUUGCAUGGGCAAUGUUAGUAGCAAGAAUAUGUCAAUUAUAUCCAAAUGCUUGUAGCGCAGUUAUCCUGAAUAGAUUCUUCAAAAUACUUUCGGAGUGGAAGUGGCCACAACCAGUUGUUUUAAAACCAAUUGAAGAUGGUCCAUUGCAAGUUCGUGUGUGGAAUCCAAAGAUAUAUGCCCAAGAUAGAUGUCAUAGAAUGCCCGUAAUUACUCCUGCAUACCCUUCAAUGUGUGCUACACAUAAUAUUACAGAAUCUACUAAAAAAGUAAUUUUAAAAGAAUUCGAAAGAGGUGUAGAAAUAACGAAUAAUAUUUUCUCUAAUAAAGCAACAUGGGAAGAUUUAUUUAAAAGACAUACUUUUUUCCAUGACUAUAAAUUUUAUUUAACUGUCACUGCAUCGACAAAGGGUAAUGAUGAACAACACCUGAAAUGGAGUGGGUUAGUUGAAAGUAAAGUGAGAUUAUUGAUUUUAAAACUAGAGGCAUUACCAGGAAUAAAAUCAGCACAUCCAUAUGUAAAGCCAUUCGAGUCAACAUAUUGUUACUCAACUGAUGAAGAAUGUAAAGAUAUAGUGGACAGUUAUGGUACUUAUAAGACAGAAUCUUCCUUAGAAAAAUAUACCAAGGUUACUGAAGAAAAUUCAAAUGCCCCAAGUAUUGAAGGGAAAUUACAGGUACACAUUACUACAAUGUAUAUAGGCCUUGACGUCAAUGUUGAAAAUAAAAAGGAAAAGAUCGAUAUCCAUGUACCAUGUAGUGAAUUUUUGACCUUAUGCCGUAAUAUCAACGAGGAAUAUCAAAAUACUGACAUAUUUUCACUAAUAAUUAGAUAUGUUAAAUUAUAUGAACUUCCAACAGAUGUUUAUGUUGAAGGAGAGGAAAGACCGGUAAAGAAGAAGCAUAAACGAAAGAAGGAAGAGAAACUUCUCGACGGGAUUAAAAGAUCUAAAUCUGAAUAUGGAUCCUCUAAGGAUUCCAGCUUGAGGUCUAACUCUGCUGAUUCAGUUAAAACUGGAUGA